UCUUAUUUCGAAAUGGAAAGGUAACUAUUUAAAUAGUCAAUUGUAUCAACAACAAUGGAGGAAUAUUAGCUUUCGGGUUACAAAAUAAAAUUUUCAGUGUUCAUAGUUAUGAAUUUUAUAUAGAACCUAUAACUGUUAUUAAUUACAAUCAUGGAGCAAAUGUACCUGGUUGAGAUAUUUAUAGACAAAAUAACAAUAUUCGCAUCUGACGAAGACGAAAAAAGCGGAGCUAAUAAAAACUUAAUUAUAAAAAUUCGAUUCGGCCCUAAAGUCCAGUUUAUAAUCAAAGAAGGUCAGCUAGCACGAAAUGAGGACAAGAAAGAUGAUAUUAUAGAAUGCGAUGAUCUUGGACGCAGAAAAUGGACAAGAACCAUUAGAGUUGGUAAAUCUUAUCUAUUUCCAUCAUAUCCAGAUACAGUCCUCAUGAUAUUAAGUAAGUUUCCGCUUGAAAUUGAAGUAUGGAAUGAUGAUGCAAAUGAAGUAGAAAUAUUUGUCGGUAUUGGUACAAUGUAUUGGGAAACCGAGUUUUAUCAUAUGCUGAAAGAUACUGCUGAUGCUUGUAAACCUCAUGAUCCUCUGUCUAUUAAGCAACAUACACCAUUAUUCGCAGAAUGCUGUUGCAAGCAAGUUGGUGAGAUAGGAUUUAUUCUUAGACUGAGCGCCCUUGGAGAUAGCAUUAUCACAGAGUUCCAACAACUUAUGAAAGAUCCGGAUGCAUUUGUUUUUAGAACGAAUAAGGCUCCAAGCAUGUUUCAGUGUAAAAGAAUUGAGGGUGAUGAUCCUAAUUUCUGUAUGGUAGGUAGUCUUUAUGAGACAACUACCUUAGAGGAUCCAGCAGUACUUAAUAGUGCAGAAGAAAAGCUUGAAGUUUGUACGCAACUCCAAAGCUGUGGCAUUGGACAAAAAUAUGUUGAUUAUAGUUGUGAACAUAAUAAAGAGGAGCCAAAGAAAAGAUAUCCAAUUGAUAAAAUACGGAUGGGCGAUAUAACAGGUCCAUGUGGCAAUGCCAACUGUCCGUUAGCGCAUAAAGUGAGAACAUACAUACGGAACUUAGAUGCAUAUAAACAAGAAGCAACAAAUAAGGUGAGUGGUACUAAAGAUAACACUACAAGGAAAAUUUGUGGCGCUUGUGAUUGUAAAGAUGAUCGUUGGCAUCGCGAUGAGUGUCCAGAUAAAGAAAAUAAAAUGGAUCCCAAAGUUUUGUGUACUGGUUGCGGUGGAAUUGCCAAUUCUGGCCACACUUGUGACAAUACAAAUACAAAGGAUAAGGAGUACAGUCCUAGUGCAGAUCCAUCAGUCAGUAAGACGCAGGUUAAUUAUAUAUUUAGUGUUAAUAAAGUUGAUCCUGAUCUAAAAGACUCAAUGUUUGGAAAAGAUUUUAUUGUAGAGAAUUCUAUGACAAAUUAUAACUUUCAAUUUCUUCACACCAAUCCAGCUACAACAUGUCAAAGUAUUAAAGUAGUCAGUGGAUGCUGUUGUCGAAGACCGCAAGUUUCAAUAACAAAAAUUUCUAGUACUCCUAGUAUGAUUGCACCUGAGAAUAACGCUUCUUCUAGCUUAGCAAAAAAUAAUCAGACAGUUUAUAACAUGGAGUUACGAGAAUCGAAACGUAAACUCACCGUCUACAAUUGCAUAGAAAUACCCGAAGAAAAGGAUUAUAAAUGUGAUCCGCCUAAACUUUCACCGCCUUGUAAGACAUUCGAUUGUGACUGUAUAGCCGAAACAUCAAAUAUAGCAACUAGAAAAGCUCACAAGCCUUACUGCCCUUCUUACAAACAUAAGAGCUGCUGUCCUGUGACUAUGAUGCACGAGGAAGAAGAUAAAAAGAAGUUGGAUGAAGAUGAAGAUGAAGCUGAACCUCUACCUUAUGGUUUGCCACCAAUACAACUUGGUCCAUGCCCCGUGAUGGGUAGACCAUGCACAGUACCUGAUGGGUUUGCUAGAAUGUAUAAAACUGCUACAUUACCUGCGUUACCACCAAGUUAUAACAAUGCAGGGAAGGUAUGUUGUUCUAAAGAAUAUGAAAGAAUAAAAAAAGCGAUAAAGGAUUAUCUUAAAAACGAGAAAGACCACGAUUAUCGUUGUAUAAAUAAAUUCAAUGUUGACACUGAAAGACGAUGCUGUGACAAAGAGCAGCAACUUCUAUCUUUAAUGGGCAAAGCAUGCUGUGGAUCUCAUAAGAUGGCCAUUCAAGAGAAGUUUAAAGAAGAUAAAAAAUGACGAGUUGGUGACCAUCAUUGAUAUUUUAUUUUGUAACCCUCGAGUGUAUAAUAUCAUUAUCAACAUUUAAUUAUAUUU